CGUCGCCCUUUUCGCCAUGCCCGCGCUGCGGGUUGCCGUCGACGACGAGAAGGAUGGCGCUCCAGACCCACGCCGCGUCAAGCCACGCCAGGAUGGAGGCAGGGACAAGAUGCUCAAUGGCGUCAGCGAUCAAGGGCUUCGUCGGUUCCUGCCGGCGAUGAUCAAGCAGCUCUUGAGGGUUCUGAAGAUGGCGGAACAGACACGCAACUGCGCGGAUGCGGUGAAGGAGGACGGGAAAGGUCGCCCUCGCGGAGCGCCCUGCGCGCGGGCGUUCGCCGUCAUGGUCGCGGGCCUACACGGGCGCGGCGAGGCUGUGGGAGCACAGAACGGGACGCACCUCAACGAGAUGAUGGGGUGGCUCGACGACCACGAUGUGGAGGACAAGAUGGAGAUGACACGAAUGUGCCGUCUGGGCAAGACGUACGACAAAGAGAAACAGCGGAUCAACUUCGUGUUGCGAGACGAUCGCUGGCGCCAGACGGCGAUCGCGGCCUGCGUUCAGGUGGGGAUGGAGCGCAAGCAGGGCAAGGCUCCAGCGUCGUUCAUGGAGCGCGAGCUUCAGGAGUCC